UCGAUAGCGCCAGAGCCAUAGAUAGCGCCACCGGCACUCCAGGCAGCUCGGGCGCAGCUUGGGCGAAGUCGGGCGGCAAAAAUCGGGCAGAUUCGUCGUUUCACUCACUUCAUCAAAAACCGGUUGCUACCGCGGUGGUGUUGCCAUGUUGCUGUUUUACUUUUUUCACUAAUCCGGAUUAGCUGAAGGUCGCGGCUGCGCAGGACUCUAGCUCGGAGCUUUCUUUACAGCGGCGGGACUUCUCUUCAAAACUGAAGCUACUGGAACGAAGCAGUCAUGGUUGUGCGAGUUUUCACGGGGCUUUUUAAACUUGCCACCCUGUUGGCACUUUUUCUGCUCGUGUUGCCGUUCAUUCCAAUGUCGCUGGACUUCGAGCCCCAAGCAAACACGGCAAGUUUACCCGGGUUUGUGGGUCCGCUAGCACCGAACAACAAAUUGGAUGCAGUGGAGUUUCUCUUCAAAAACAAACUUCGCGGUCCGGAAUCGCUAGCGGUGUACAAAGGGAGCAUUUACACGGGAACGGAGGGCGGAGAGAUCUACAAGAUAACCGGGGGCAAGGUCACGCUUGUUGCUAAACUCGGCAGGAAAUGCGAGGGACUCUGGGAAGAGGAGGUUUGUGGUCGACCCUUGGGCAUGCGCUUCGACAAAGAGGGAAAAUUGUAUGUCGUCGACGCCUACUAUGGUGUCUACAUGGUGAACGUCAACACUGGGGCGGCCCAGCACCUGUUGCCGGCCGGCACAGAGGUAGAGGGCAAGCGCAUCCUCUUUCUGGACGACCUGGACAUAGAUGACCAGGGCAUGCUCUACAUCACGGAGGCGAGCGGAAAGUGGCAGCUUAACAAGAUCCUCUACACCAUAAUGGAACACGAGGACACCGGGAGGGUGCUGAAGUUUGAUACCAAGACCCGGAAAACCACAGUGCUGAUGAAGAACCUCCGGCUCCCCAACGGAGUGCAGCUCUCCCAAGACAAGCAAAGCCUGCUGGUCUGUGAGCUUGGCACACGGAGGGUGCUCAGGCACCACCUGGGCGGAGCCAGGAAGGGCCAGACAGAGGUGUUUGCCGACAACUUGCCGGGAGAGCCAGACAACAUCCGACCCAGCAAGCGCGGCGGCUACUGGGUGGCCUUCGCCACGGGACGCGGUAAUGACAGCACCAACAUCUUCGACCUGGUGGCCCGGUACCCUCUUGUCAAGAAGGCCACCAUACGCUUUGUCUACCUGCUCGGCGCGGCGGUCAAGUACGCUGACCGGUUCUACCCUUCUCCCGCCCUCAAGGACCUCGGUGCUCAGCUGGAGAACGGCUGGGUGUUGUAUGGCUCCUACCCGAAGUACGGCCUGGUGGCGGAGUUGGACGCCGGCGGCCACAUCGUGCGCAGCCUGCACUCUCCCCAGCACAAGAUCCACAUGCUCUCCGAGGCGCUGGAGCACGAGGGACACCUUUACCUGGGCUCCUAUCGGAACCCUUUCCUUGGACGCGUCAAGCUUUAACGGUGCAGCACAUAGUAUGGAGCGACUCCGGUGGAUAAGACGCCGCAAGGCGAGCUGGAAAUAUCGGCGCCUGCACACAGAAAGCUCGAAACUUUCACUGGAUGUGCAAUGAACAGGUCAGUUUCAUGUCAUGCAAUUUCAAGGGGCAGUUCUCUUCCUAUAAAAAAAAGGAGAGCAACAAACUUGCCAAUGUCGGGCGCAUCUGCAGAUGAUCGAGCUAGCGACGUUUUUAACUCGUGGUAUCAUCUACCGACGGGCGUAGCGAGCAGACGAGACACUCUGUCGUCUGCUCGCUGCACUGUUGGCAGAUGGCAUCGCUGACUUGAUUGUUUAUGAAUGCACGCGAUGUUGGCUUUGGCAAGUUUGUUGCUCUCAUUUUUUGCGGGGGAACCACACCUUGAAAUUACACAAGGUAAAACUGACCUGCUUAUUGUAUAUGCGGUGAAAGUUUGAGUUUUCUAUGCGCAGGUGCCGAUUAUUUUCGGCUCAUUUUACAGCGUUGGGUCCGCUGGAGCUGCACUCUAUAUUACCUUAACUGUGGCAAAGGGUGGAACAACAAGCAACUGCCCAAACCUUGGUGCCGGGCUGCCCAAGAGUGUCGUCGGAGCAAAUUUUCUCGUUGCGGACAUCUUGGGGGUCAGCUUCCCAUCAAAAUUCAGAAGGGAGGAGGGCAUGCAUUCAUUACUUUGACCACAUUGCUCAUAUACGUGUAAAAAUGUUUAUACUGAAAAUGCAUAAUAAAAUGUUGAACCUUU